AUGGGCCGCCGUCGAGACGACAAAAUCUCGCGGUCAAUCAUCUCUGCCAUCCAAGAAGACGACGAGUCUCAGAGACGAAGCAGACUAUGGCGCCCUCUCAAGACCUUCUUCGCGCUCUAUGGGCUUCUGUUGAUCAGACUCCGCCCAGAGUUGUUCAAGAGGCUGAGAGAAAAGACAUGGAAGCUUUCAGAUGACGAAUACAAGGCUAGCUUCAAGGGCAAGGACGCACUCGUGUCAAAGGGCGACAUGGGCUAUUCGGGCUCGACUUUCUUCAACACCAAAGAUAACAAAUUCCUCAUCAAAUCUAUCCCUCGUCGCUUCGAGCACACCUUCUUCCGAGACGACCUGCUGGAACCCUAUGUCUCACACAUGGAAUCCCAUCCCAAGUCACUCCUCGUCCGCAUCACCGACUUUCUUGGAUGGCGCUAUCCGAGCAUCGGUGGCCUCUUUGGCAUUGCACCAACUUACCACCUCGUGAUGGAGAACCUUCUCCACGGCCAGAAAGAAGAUUCCGACUGGCAGACUUUUGACCUGAAGCCAAUGUCGUAUUUCUUCCCGGAGCGUGAUGUGGCUGGUGGCAGACUUGCCUCGGAAGCAACCAAGUCCAAGCUCGCCGACAAUUUCGAAGACAAGCUUCUCCUCAGUCGCGAGCAGGCGGACGAAUUUUUGCAACUGCUCGAAGAAGAUACAGAACUCCUGGAGAAGCACAAUGCCGUCGACUACAGCCUGAUGCUGGUGCGGAUCCCGAAAUCCUCCUCUUCCAUGGACGAGAGCCAAAACCCGUUCAAUGAUCCGCCGAACUGGCGGACCGGUGUACCUAGCCAGGACGACAAGUGGCUGUUCCGGGUGGUGAUCCUGGAUUUCUUCUGGGCUAAGCACAAGGUCCACGCCAAGAUGAUGACGAUGCUCAUCAAUGCAUGGAGGAUGUUUGACGACAAAGGCCCGAUGAGUAUCACGACUGCUGCGCCGGAGUACCGGGGCAGGUUCUUGAAGAUGUGCAGGGAGAUCGUCAAAGUGGUGGAGUAG